AUUACUCUCUCUCUCUCUCUCUCUCUUUCUCUACAGUAGCAUCAGAAAAAGCCAGAAGCUUUGUGUCUAAUUCUUGAUCAUUUGCCACUGCCAAUUGUGAACUACACGAGAGAGAAGAUUCUUUAAGUUCUCAGUGUUUUGAGGUGAUUCUUGUCGGAGUUGCGUAUGGCUACCAUUCUAGCGAACUUACCCGCAGCACCGCUCGUCCACCAUAAGCCACAGCUCCUUUUGACAAGCGUGGGCACAUUCUCAGUCGCCACACCUAAAGAAAGAGGAAAUCGUCUUGCUGUUGUAGUGAAGGCUAUGGGCGAAAGCUCCGAUUCUUCCACUUCCCUAAGCGUUGUCAAGUCUGUGCAAAAUAUUUGGGAUAAAUCUGAGGAUCGCGUGGCUAUUAUUGGCUUGGGGUUUGCAGGCGUAGUGGCUCUCUGGGCAACUGCAAAUCUUGUAACGGCUAUUGACAAGUUGCCUGUUAUACCAAGUGCACUGGAAUUCAUUGGGAUAGUGUUUUCUGCGUGGUUUACAUAUCGCUAUCUCUUAUUCAAACCUGACCGGGAAGAGCUUUUCCAAAGCAUCAAGAAGUCCAUCUCAGAUACCUUGGGACAGUAAACUGUACCAUCUUGUGCUGGACGAUGAUCGAAAGGUCUCAUAAAUAGAAACUUUCUUUGGCUGUAUCCCUAUUUCACUGGUUACACGAGCCUUAUGACCUGUCAUUUGUUGUAACAGUUGAUGGUGAAGAAGUAACAAUUUCAAGUGGAGCAUGAAAACUGUAUAGUUUCCUGAAGGUUUCUGGUUCCUUUGGAAGCCUGUAUCGGUAUUCUGCUCACGUUUUUCUCGAUGGUCUCUCUCUCUCUCAGAUCA